UGGGGGACACAGUCGUCUCUGCUUCGAUUUGCUUUCUAAUUGACCUAAAUAAAGCAUCUGAGAAACAGGGUCCCUCCAACCCCUCGAGGCAACAGACUAUCACCCAGCGUAGAAAGGAACUCAAUGCGAGUAUUCCUCUUUGACUAAUCUUGCCCGCUGCCCUACUGUCCAAUCGCAAGAAAGACGCAAUUUAUGUGCUGCGCGUGGAUCUCGCGCCGUGGAAUGUACAGUAGGCUGAGAUACUGAGCCAUAUAUCUACGAAUUCUCUCACGGUCUCGCGCUGUCUCGAGCUCUGAUGGAUAGCUCGACGGACUUCGAGAGAAACACAAGGCGUAACUGAGCGAAAGAAAAAAGGCACCCAGUAAUGUCUGAACAUUGGACGUAAAUAUUUAAAAGUGAAAGAUUUAUCUGAGACUAGGUGGUUUAAAAACGACCAUAAACAUGCUUGAUAAGGUACCCGAAACCCAACGUAAUGAUCCAGCGUCAAGAAGCUCAUCAUUUUCCAUUGAGAAUUUACUUCGUUCUACAACCAGGACUACAGACAGGCGGUCUAAGACUGAAGAUGAGGGGGGCUGUAAGGAAACGGGUCUGUCAUACAACCAAGUCGCUGUCAUUGAGAGUCGCUGCAGCCAAGUGGAGCGUCAAGUGUCGUACUUUAGAUUAAACGCCCAACGCCUCGCUGAAGCCGGUUGCAUUUCGGACUGGUGUGGGACAUCGCCCAACAAAGCUUGGGGCGAUUUACACAGUCCGCAGUGCCACUCCAGAAACUCUGAUGACACCGGAUACUCCCUACCAACCAGCGACCGGGAUUCUCCCGCUCUACCGGAGCGGGUGGAAGACAACGAACCCGACGAGAGGGCAGAGGGCAGUCUGACAGAUGACAAAGAUGACGAAACAGGGUCUCUUUGUUUCGCGCGAGACGACGGUGAGACACCUGAUUCGAAAGGCGCUCGCAAGAAGAAGACUCGUACGGUGUUCAGUCGGAGUCAAGUUUUUCAACUGGAGUCCACCUUCGACAUAAAACGUUAUCUGAGCAGCACUGAGCGGGCGGGACUGGCCGCUUCUUUACAACUAACCGAAACGCAGGUAAAAAUUUGGUUCCAGAACCGAAGGAACAAGUGGAAGAGGCAGCUAGCUGCCGAUAUGGAAGCCACUAGCAUCUCCUAUUCCACCCAAAGGAUUGUCAGGGUUCCGAUUCUUUACCACGAGAGUGCAGCACCUGGGACACUGAGCGGCAACCUGGCACAGGUGUCCCCGCCUUUAGUGGGCUUCACGAGUACUGUUAAUCAUCCCCUCUCCCAGUUCACUCACCCCAUAGCUUUCAUAAGAUCACAAAUGACAGGAAUUGUGUGACCGUCUGUUAUACUGAACUGUCAAUUUGCGUAUUGGACAAGGUAUAUUUCCCUUUAAGAUUUUAUUGCUGAUGGUGACUAUAGCAAAUCAUUAAUAUUAAAGCCACAUAAGGCAACAACACUUUUGAAGCCUAGAGGCUUCAAACUCUUUAUUUUAAUUGCGAGUUGCAAUUGCCAAGUACUUUCUUGAUUAGUGUACAAAAAUGUAAUAAAUGAAUCCCUCAAGCUAGACCACUUACUAAAUGUAGGGAUUUUAACAUAAGCACACACUAUUCGAUUUAUAUAAAUAUUUUGAUGAAUAAACUAUUGUCAAAUAUUCUACCAGUAUCUAAUGUGUUUGUUUUCUUUUAAAUGGCAAAACUUGGCACCUGUAGACAUUUUUAUGAGCGUAGCAUGGGGAUACAGGGACUGUAUUAUUUCUUAUUGAAAGUGGGUUUCGUAUGACAUUUUGUACAUGAGUUGUCCGAUCAAUGUAAAUAAAAUUGAGUCCA